AUGUCGCCGACGACAGAGCCCAUUUACAUCACAUACCUCAACGGCUUAGACAUUGCGGAGUUGAAGCUCACAGAUGAAGAGAUUCUCGGGGCCAUUGAAACGGCUCUUGAUGCGCAGGGCCGCAAGGAGACAGUGAUUGAGCCCCGAGUGCAUCUCGUGCCGCGGGAUUCAGCCAAAGGCCAUUUCAAUGUUUUACGCGGGGUCGUUCACCCUCUAAAUGCAGCGGGUGUCAAGAUUGUUGGCGAUUUUGUCGAUAAUUACAAGCAUGGCUUGCCCUCCGAGUUUGGAAUCCUGAACCUGUUCGAUCCCGAGACUGGCAAGCCCCGAGCGGUAAUAGAUGCAACGUCUAUUACAGAUAUGCGCACCGGUGCAGUUACAGCAAUAGGCGCAAAAUAUCUGGCGCCUAGUAAGCCCAAAAUCUUGGGACAUAUUGGCGCAAGAGGCAGCUCUUACUGGAACAUCCGUCUCCUGGCCAGCCUCUUCCAAUUUGACGAAAUCCGAAUUCACUCCAAGCGCAAGGAGAGUCGUGAAGCAUUGGGUGCGCGUCUAGAGAAGGAGCUGGGAAGGCCGAUACGUGUGCUGGACAAUUGGGAAGAAACCAUUGUAGGAGCAGAUAUCGUCGUUGAGGCAUCACGAUUGCCAGCGCCAGAACCUCUGCUCAAGACGAGCUGGAUCAAAAAGGGUGCGCUGGUGAUGCCCUAUGGUACAAUGAGUGCUCUGGAGCUCUCACUGACGGAUAUCAUGGACAAGAUGGUUGUGGACGAUUGGGGUCAGUGUCGUAAGGGCCUGCCGCUGGGAGCCUUGCGGCAGCAUGUGGACAACGACAAGCUGACAGAGGAGAAUCUCCAUGCUGAGAUGGGCCAGAUUGUGGCGGGGGCGAAGAAGGGCAGAGAAAGGGAUGAUGAGACGAUAUUGUUCUGGCACCGCGGCCUAAGUCUCAGCGAUAUUGCGCUUGGGACGGCUAUCCUGGACAAGGCAGCAAAGUUGGAAAUUGGUCAACGCCUGAGAUAUGCUUAG